AUGAAGGCAUAUUGGGCAGAAUCAGUCACGCGCUGGCCGGCGCCAGAAUCCCACGAGGGUAUAUUGCACAAACUAGGGGAUGCGCUCAGAGGGGUGCAUGAUACCCCAGCGCCCGUCCCCGCUACCCAGCCACCUCCGGAGCCCAAACAUCAAAGUUUCCUCCACAGAAUUGUAGGUGAUUAUCACGAGGAAGUCUACCAGGCCCCUUCCACCCAACCUCCUACCGUGAAAGAGGGUUUCAUGGAUAGGCUCACGGACAAGUUAACUGGGAAGGACCACGAUGUGCCUGGACCUGUAGCUGCUGUACCUCCGCCAGUUCCAGAGAGCCACGGUCUUUUUCACAAUAUCAGUAGCAAUUUACGUGGUCAGACCACAGCUAAUGUGCCACCGUCGCCAACCAAGCCAGAACACGAACAUGUCAUGGAGAAAAUCCACGAUGCAUUCAAGAGCGAUGAAGCGAAGGCGGCCGAGAGGCGAGCCAAGGAGGAGGCUGAGCGAAAGAAACAGGAAGAGGCGGAGAGGGCCACCCAUCAUAACAUCUUUGGCAAAAUUGGAGACGCGCUUCACCGUGACGAGAGGGUUCCCCCAUCUCCAGAACAGAGCCACAGUGUCUUUGACAAAAUCGGGGCGCAUAUGUUACAUGAAGAACUACCCAAGCCUGAGGAGCAAGGAUUAAAAGCAAAAGUUACUGCGGCUCUCGGCGGAGGGGCCCAGGCUGAAGCUCAUGAAGCCAUUGACUUUGUACAGCAACACAUUCUCCGGCAAGGAACCCAAUCUCACGAAUCGUUCUGGGAACAAAUGAAGGACGAGCAGAUCGCAAACAUGAUUCGAAAGCAGUACAAGGAAAUGACGGGACACGAGUUCCUACCUUCACACAAGACCGCAUGA